AUGAGUGAGACAGAAGUGUACAGGUUCAGGAAAUAUGCAGGACAUGUUCUAGCUCUUCCAAGUUUUGCCAUUGAAAAUGCCAGCCCUCUUCUGGAAAAUGCCUCUGAACAUACACAGGUUGCCAUAAUCACUGUGUCUGUCUCACCUCCUGUUUCUCUGGUUGGGGGUCCUGCAAUCAUCAGUGCGAAUCCUGUGCUUCAUCCGUUUGUGCUGUCUCAUAGAUCCAUGCACCAGUGGGAGUUACUUACCACUGGAGUACCCAGGCUGGACUUUGAGAUGGUUACUCUCUACUCUCUGACAAUCUAUGCCAAAGACGACCAUGGGACAACAGCAUCAGAGACCAUUUUAAUCCAGAUCGCAGAUGUCAAUGAGCCACCCACCUUCACUGGAUCCCUUGCUCGAGGAGACCAAGUUACUGAGAUUUAUAUCCUAGAAGACACUGCCUUGGGCACAGUCAUUUACAGAGUAGCAGCCAAGGAUCCAGAGGAUGCUGUUUUGGAGUACAUCCUAUCCCCAGAGGACUCUGGCUUCACAAUCGACAGCACUGGAACAAUUUCUACAGCAACAGUUUUUGAUUUUGAGAGCAAAGCUAGAAGCUGUCUGUCCUGUGGCUGUAUGCCCAGUUUCUCACUAGUUAUUAAAGUGGUUGAUCCUGGAGGUCUGUUUACUGCUGGAAAUCUAAAGAUUUUCCUCAUCAAUGUCAACAACAAGGACCCUAUUCUUACCUGCAGUUUACUCAAUAUUGAAAAUGCUGUCACAAGUGUUACUUCUAUAAACUCAACUCUGCACGAUAAAGUUGACAUCACACUAGAUGAAGAAAUUCCAGUUGGGGAAACGAUUGGCGUAUGCCAGGCAACCGAUGAAGAUAACUUGGGAGAUUUAAUCUUUGAACUAGAUCCAUGGAAUGUUUACUUCGCAGUUGACAAAGAGCAUGGGACCAUGGUUACUGCUGCCCGCCUUGAUGUAGAGAGAGCUGGGUUUGCACGUGCUCAGUCCUUCUCCAUUAAGGCAUGUGACAAUGACCAGCGGUGUGCAGUAAUUCCAGUGAUGGUUUAUAUCCAUGGCAUUAACGACAACUCACCUUUCUGUGAUCAGUAUCUGAUAAGAAGUGACCUGCUAAAAUAUGCUCCAAGCUCCGGGCCAAUUGGUUCUGGACAACUCUUUGAGCAAGUGCCAAAUGCUGAAAAUUCCAUCCAGUCGGCCAUUUUUCUUGAAAUAAUGUUCUACAAGGUUGCCCAAGAAUUGGAUUAUGAAAACCCAGAGACAGUUGCAGCUGGACAUAUCUAUGAAAUGACAAUUUCAGUAUUUGAUGACCUACAUCCCUCCCAUACAGCUUUCUACAAAGUUGGAAGAGUGACUGCCAUUGAUGAAGACCAGCCAUUAGACUGUGUGACAUACAGAAUAGCCAGUGGAGACAUCCAAACUGUACAAAGGUUCUGGAUUCACCCUCUCUCUGGAAUGAUUGAACUCACCACACAGCCAGACUAUGAAACUGUGAAGCAAUAUAACCUCAUUGUGGAAGGUGUGGAUUGUGACAAAUUUCAUCCUCGCACAGCAGUGACCACGGUCACUGUUGACAUCAAAGAUGAGAAUGAUGAAGCUCCUGUCUGUACACCCUCUCUGUAUAAGACAGUCAUUCUUGACAAUGUUGUUGCUGGGACAAACAUCAAUGGCUUUAAACUAAACUGUCACGACAGAGAUUCACAAGAUUAUGAAAUGCGCUUUGAGAUGAUAAUAAGCUUCAUGAAGAUGUGUUCUAUGAGCAACUUGUUUACAAUGGUGUCUCCAGGGCCACUGAAACUUGACAUUAAGCUUAGUAGAAGCUCAAUUGAUGUUUGUGGUCUUACUGGCCCAUUUGAUAUUGAUCUAGACCAAGCUGAAGGAAAUGAGAACCAUCAUUUUGGAUUUGACCCAACUAGAGGUUCAAAUACUCCAAAAUUAAUUGUGAAGAACCCUUUUAACUUUGAAUCUGGAGCUGAACUGAAGCGGCACUACCAUCUUUUGGUGCACAUCAUCGAUGACAAUCUGAAAUACGGCAAAGCCACGAAGCCCAGGACGGGCACUGCCAUCAUAGAUAUUUACGUGACAAGGGCCAAUACGCCACUUCCUCCAACUACCAGUUCUGAACAAAGAAAAGGUCUGACCAUUGUAUACACAGCUAUCAACACAUACAAAUCCAGUGACUGGUACAUCCCUUUCAUCUUCACACUGAUGGCUGUUUUCUUUGCCGGGCUGGUUUCCUGGGUAUGUUUCCUGUUUUGGAAAUAUGGAAAUGCUGUGGAAUGCUGUCAUAAAACGGUCAUGGAAGCCUCCAAGCUCAAGCCCUCAGGAAUAAAGUACAGUGCAGGAGCUAGAAAUCAAAAGGAGAAGAUUGUCACUGAAAACAUAAAUAAAAAACUAGAAGUACUAACGGAAACCAUUGUGUAUGAGACCAUGUUUGAUGGAGAAGCCAUUGAUCCAGAGUUUGUGUUUGGUGUCACUUGGGCAAUUCCUUCGCUUUAUAAUAUUGAAAGUCACUUCAGCGGUGUCCAGCUGGCCGCUGGUCUGCUUCGGCGGGUCCAAAGUGACUUCACUCACAUGCCUGACUACUUGGUGGGAACAGUUACAUGGUUGGGCUCAGGUGGGGCCCACUACCUCUUCAUGGGAUCUCUCCAGCGGGGUUAA